GCCCCGCCCGCCCCUGGGCAGCGGAGCCCAGCUCUCCCCGGCACCAUGGCCGCGUGCGAGCUGACCGAACUGGAGACAGCCAUUGAGAAAAUCGUCAGCAUCUUCUUUACCUACGCGGCCCGGGAGGGCAAGAAGGGGACGCUGACGGCGGGGGAGUUCAAGGAGCUGGUCACACUGCAGCUACCCAACCUCAUGAAGGACGUGGGCUCCCUGGAUGAGAAGAUGAGCAGCCUGGACGUGAACAACGACGAGGAGCUGAAGUUCAGCGAGUACUGGCGGCUGAUCGGGGAGCUGGCCAAGGACAUCAAGAGGGAGAAAGUGGGGAAGAAGAAGUGACCGGGGGUAGGAAGGGCUGGAGGGGCUUCCUGGGCUGCUCGGGGCCGACCUGCUCA